AUGGAUAAUCACCACCACCAUCAACAGCAGCAGCAGCAACUACAGCAGCUGUCAAAUGAAGGUUGGGUCAUGCCAACAACAACAUCAUUAUCUUCCCCACCACCAUUAACAACAUCAGCGUAUGCAUCAUUGCCCAUGGAUAUGCAACAACAACAACACCUUUCUUAUGGUACAGAAGUUACAAUGAUGACACCAAUCACGGGGGACAAUGGCCUUUAUCCACAAUACGGUGACCCAUCAAUAACAACGACCUCAUCAUCAUCGAUGUUGCUUACACCAGGUGUUGUCGCGUCUGGAGAAGAUUACUUUAAACCACCAGCGGACAUCAACAUGAUGCGAGAGCAAUGCAGUAAUAGGAUGCCAGUCGUAUGGAACGGCACGGGAAUGGGGCAUGACCCGAUCAUGGGCAUGAUAGGCUCUGCUAGCAACGGAUGCUAUUCCGAUGACAGCCUCGUGUCACCGCAACGCACGUUUUGUUUGCUGUCCUCUACCUUUGCCUCUAAUGGUAGCUCCGCAACACCACCAUACGAUCCUUCUUGUAUUGUCACCAAAAAACAAUGCCGGCAACAAAUGUCAUACAACAACUCGGCGGGUGAAUACAUUCAACAAUCCCCUAUCAUAGUCUCAAGUGGUGGCAGCAACGGUGGUGAUGUUUGUAAUAGUAACAUGGCAUCAGUGGUAUCAACAACAGCAGCUACAGCGGCACCAGUAUCAACCCCUGCAAACAGCAUGAUGCAUAGUAUGACAUUGGCGACAUCGGCUUGCAUAUCAUCUUCGCACACGGAUGCCGAAAUGAUGUCAACAACAACAACAACCAUACCACAACAUCCACUACAACCUACUGCGAGACCCAUGGUAACACCAUCGGCAAUCAUAGCGGGACCUGCUUCCGCUCUUCCGGGAUCAGCCUUGCACAAUCAUUCAAAUUCAGACACCAAAGAAGCAUUGCAAUUUCGGAUUGUGCUUAAAGCACCGACAGCAGCUACCCAGAUCAGUGAUGGGUCACCGACAACGUAUCUUAAUCGAGGUCAAUCGUACAGCAUCCAUCUACAAGAUGUGUAUGAUACGGAUCAGCUCAUUACUAGCACGUUUAUCAUCAUGUUUCAUGAACCAUCGCAUCGCAAGGUUGCCCUCAACUAUUGGAAAUUUUGGCUUGGUCAGCAAAAAGAACCAUCUACUGCUCGUGUGAUGUCCUUAGAUGAGCGUCAAUCGAUGGGGAUCCAUAAUGUGCGGUAUCCAAGUUUUGAUCGUAUCACAUUUGACUGGACCGGCAGUGCCAAGCUCAACAUCCGAUUCAAUUGCCUGUCGACUGAUUUUUCACGUAUCAAGGGUGUAAAAGGAAUCCCAUUACGAGCACAAAUGGAGACACGCGUUGUGUCAGCCGAAGAAGGCGGAGAUAUGUAUGUGGAACAAUCCUACUGCAAAAUCAAACUCUUUCGGGACAAGGGUGCCGAGCGUAAAAACAAGGACGACGCCAAACAAAUCAGCAGGCACAUGGAGCGUGUUUAUGGAGAUGAUGCUCAACAGCAACAGCCUAUUUGGAACACCUAUCAUCAACCAAAGCCAUAUAGCGAAUUUAUACGCUUGUCGACUCUUGAAGACAAUGACAACAGCACCAUCCAAGUGGAGGAUGCACCGUUAAUCGAUGCACAAGAACGCAACGCCCGUAAACGUAGCCAUUCACAGCAUGAUCCCACCAUUGCAUCACCCACCACUAACACUAAUAGUAACAAGACAGCAGACAUUUCAUUGUACAUUCAUGUCAAAACUACUCAACAUCAACAAUUUCAUCAAGGUGCACCAAGCAAGCAUCAUGUCGUUCUUAGCGAAGCUACCGUUGACGAGCUAGUAGCUCAGCUAUGUCCAGUACUUUCACUCCACCACAGCCAAGUAUCAGAAGUAUUAUGGCGACAUCAACGGCCCUCCAAGGUCUCUUUGAAUAACCAUCAGGUCAACAACAAGCCUUCAUUUUCACGCAGGAAUUCCGGCAAUGAUGGCAAUAGAUCUCAUUUUUCGGCCGCAUUAUCAGUGAACGACGACGUAGUAGCAAAGGAUUUUGUUCACGGUACAGUGCUCACUGUUGAAUGGGUUAUCAAGGCCGAUGGUACGGUGAGGCUUUGGCUCCAAUAA